AGCAAAUCCAACUCCAUGAAAGCUUCCUCAUCAGCGUCAUGAAAUCUGAUGCUGAGCCGUGACAUCUUAACCUGCCAUGACUGAUCAUUUCAUUGCAAAUUCUGAUAUAAUAAUCAUAAUCAUAAUAAUAAUUAUAAGCUUCCAGUGUCUCGUCUACGACCAUCGGCGAUCUCUCUCCCUUUCCGGGUCGCCUUCCACUCCACCAAUGGCGGCGACCCAUUUUCGAAUUCUCCUCGUUUUGGCUUUCCUGUGUUUCUUCUCGACCCUUUAUGCAGAAACCCGAAAAGAAUUGAGAAUGAAGGAGUUCAACCAAGAAAAUCUCAUACAAUUAGCCCAUCCAGUUCUGUCUAAAGUUGACCCAUCACAAGUUAUUGAACUUUCUUGGCAACCAAGGGUCUUUUUGUAUAGAGGUUUUCUAUCAGAAGAGGAGUGUGACCGCCUAAUUUCUUGGGCAACGUCUAAGGAGAAUACUAUGGGGAAUAUUAGUGGCUCGGGAAAAGAUGACACAAGCAAGAUGGUUAAGACUUCUGGCAUAUCUUUAACAAUGGAUGAUGAUAUGGUGGCAAGAAUUGAGGAAAAGAUUUCAGCUUGGACAUUUCUUCCAACAGAGAACAGCAAGCCUUUACAGGUUCUUCACGUUGGACCUGAGGAUGCUAAACAGAAUUAUGAUUAUGUUGGUAACAAAUCAUCGUUGGCACUCAAUGAGCCUUUGAUGGCAACCAUUGUUUUUUAUCUCUCAAAUGUCUCACAGGGUGGUCAGAUCCUCUUUCCUGAGUCACGGACAGAAAGCUCUGACCUUAAGAACAAGAUUUGGUCCGACUGCAGAAAAAGUAGUCAUGUUCCGAGCCUGAGACCCACUAAAGGGAACGCAUUACUGUUCUUCAACAGCCAUCUGAAUGCAUCUCUUGAUAGAAGUAGCUCCCAUGCCAGAUGCCCCGUUCUCGAAGGAGAGAUGUGGUGGGCUACCAAAGUUUUCCAUGUCAGAUCGAUCACUGGGGAAAGAGUCCUACUCCAGUUAGAAGACAGUGACUGUACUGAUGAAGAUGAAAACUGUUCCCGGUGGGCUGCAGUCGGGGAGUGCCAAAAGAAUCCUGUUUUCAUGAUCGGUUCUCCUGACUACUAUGGAACAUGUAGGAAGAGCUGCAAUGCUUGCUGACGGUAACCUCAUGCCCAAUUUUUUCUCUUUUUCUUACUCAUUUUUCUUUUUUAUUUCAAAAUUUCUCCCUCCUUGUGAGCAAAACAAUACUCUUUUGAUUUAUCUUCACCAUUGUGUUAUCUUUUUCCUUGUGUUGCAUUUGGGUUUACUGGGGACGGUAGUUUUACUUUUAUGUAUUGGAAUAAGGCAAUUUAAUCAUAUUAAUUAGAGGAAUAGUUUUCAUGUAUUGGGAUUGUGAGAUACUGUUGCCAGUUGGAACUGAGUUGUAUGUCAACUUAUGUCUUUGAUCUAAAUCUGCCUUCAGACGUGCACCUUCUAAUGGUUGUUCCCUAU